AUGUUAAAUGUACGCGGUCGACCUGCCCUUUUCAAGGGUGAUAGGUUGAUUGUACUACAAUUUGUAGCUCCAAAAUCUUUGGAAGUUUCUGAGCCUUCCGAGGUUAAAAAAUCUUAUGGAGCUAUUCAACAAGAGUUGAUCAAUAUGGCCAAUAAAGACAAAGCUAAUGAUUUUAAGAAGCCAAGUAAUUAUGAAUGUGUUGAUUUUGUUAGUCGAGUUGAUAAUCAACGCUCAAUUCCAAAUGUUCUCGCCAAAAAGCAAGCAUAUCAUCAUGGUGAUGUGAAUCUUCGAGAUGCAAUCAUCGCAAUGGCUCACGAUUUUGUUGGUUCAAAUAAUAUGGCAAGAAUUGUCUGCUUGUUAAUGGAUAUGAGGAAAGUUGGAGUUCCAAAUUACAAUCCUCGUGAUAUCGUUAACAAUUUAAAACGAUUAAUUAACAAUGAAGAUUCAAUUCCAAUGCAUCCCUGGUAUCCACGUAAGCAAUUACAGAUACAUACAAGAUCAAAUGAUAAAAUCCACCAAGUUAACAAUACGUCCAUCCGAUAUACUGAAUUACCAAUUCGUGUAAGGACGCAAAUUUAUAAAGAACAGCUUGAACUGUGGAUUUCUGGAACACAUAAGGGGUACGAAGAAGACCAUUCAACAACUACCGAGACUUUACGGUCAAGUUGUCACAAAUAA